AUGGGGCUAAAUGAGAUGUAUACUGCCAUCAGAGGCAACAUUCUCAUGAUGAAUCCUUUACCUAGCAUGGCUCAAACUUUUUCCAUAUUGUCCCAAGAAGAAAAACAGAGAGAAGUGAAGCCUCACAACCACACUGCUUUGGAUUCCACUUCCCUAAAUGCUUUUGCUUCAACUCACAACAAUGCAGAAGUAAAAGGUCUCAGAACCAACUAUAGUUCUUCUAAGAGACAUACAGGCAACUCUAGAAACCUGAAUAACACCAACAUGAUUAGAGGGAACUCCAGUACCAGCAGAUCUACUUUGUUUUGUGAUUUCUGCAGGAGAUCAGGCCACGCCAGGGAAAGAUGUUACAAGCUUCAUGGGUAUCCACCCAACUCCAAAUUCUCUAAAGGCAAAAGUUCCAAUUCUGUAAUGGCUAAUAUGUGUAGUAGUGAGACUGAUGGAAACGACUCUGGACAUGAAGCUUCCAACUCAGACAGUAUGCUAAGUGGAGCUGUGAACCUAGCAGGUAUACUUGCUUGUUAUUCUUCCAUUACUGAGAUAGGUGGCCUUUCUUGUAGAUGUGCUAGAUUAACUGCUAGUUCUUGGAUCAUAGAUUCAAGGGCAUCACAUCACAUGACAUAUAACAAAGCCAUUCUCACAAAUAUUAGACCACUACCAUAUCCCUUUCUCAUCUCCCUACCUAAUGGUUACAAAGUUAAAGUGACUGAAAUUGGUGAUGGCCCUUCUCUGAAGAGCUCUCUAGAACUUGGUAGAGCAAAGAAUGGCCUUUAUUUCUUGUGUACAGAAUGCCACAACUGUGGUUCUUCUCCUGAUGGUACCAAGGACCCUCAUGUCACUUCAAGUCAUUUUACUCCUUUAGCUAAAUGUACUAAUAGUCCAGUUCAAAACAUUCAUUACUCUACUGUAAAAGGUUUUUCUCAUAUCAAUAAAGAGGGUUGUUUUGAUUUUAAUUCUUCUUCCUACACCACUGCAAAGUGUUCUUCUCUUGCUGUUAAUUCUGAUAGCACUUAUACUAAUAAUCUCUUGUGGCAUACUAGACUAGGCCAUGUACCUUUUGUGAAAAUGAAGGGCAUCUCCACUAUCCCUUGUCAUUUCUCUACCAAACAACCUUUCACUUGUACCAUACGCCCUAUGGCUAGGCAGAUAAGAAUGUCAUUCCCAGAAAGCACAAUCUCCACCAUCAAGCCUUUUGAGUUACUUCACACUGACCUAUGGGGACCAUACCACAUUCCAACUCAUGAUGGUUUUCACUAUUUCCUAACCAUGGUAGAUGAUCACACUAGAUCAACUUGGACACAAUUGAUUAGGUGUAAGAGCAAUGCUUUGCAAAUAAUUAAGGCUUUUGUUUCACUUGUUGAAAACCAAUUUCAGACUAAGCUGAAAACCAUCAGGUCUGAUAAUGGUCUGGAAUUUACCUCUAAUGAAGUCACCCUUUUUUUCCAAGAAGAAGGUAUAAUCCAUCAAAAAUAUUGUCCCUACACACCUCAACAAAAUGGUGUAGUUGAAAGGAAACACAAGUAUCUCCUUGAAACUACAAGGGCACUCCUAUUUCAGUCUAAACUGCCACUGAGAUAUUGGGGAGAAUAUGUUCUAACAGCCACAUACCUUAUUAACAGAUUACCUUACAAGAUUCUACAAAACAAAUCUCCUUAUGAAAUGUUGUACCAAACACAGCCUACAUACUCUCACCUUAGAAGUUUUGGAUGUUUAUGUUUUUCCACUACCUUGAAAACCCACAAAGAUAAGUUUGAGCCACGGGCAACACCACAUAUUUUUGGUGGCUACCCCUUCAAUACAAAAGGUUACAAGGUUUUGGACUUAGUUACCCAGAGAGUUCACGUAUGCAGAGAUAUUUUUUUUCAUGAGUCUGUCUUUCCUUUUGUCAUUGCUCCUGAUAAUUCUAGUUUUGCAUCUGUCUUAAAGUGUCUUGUCCAUCAUCCCAAAACUCUAACUUGCAUGCCUGGUACAACUAGAAUUUUCUCUAAUGAUGACUUCCUAAAUAUUAACAUGCCACAUGAAGUCACUACUAAUGAAGUAACAACAGUAGAUACAACAUCUAAUACAAUCCCCAAUAUCCAAACAUCUACUAAUACAAAUGAACACACAUCAAGCACUACCAUCCCAAACACACCAGUUUCACCAUGUGAUGCUCCACCUGCUCUUAGGAGAACAACCAGGCCACUUCAUACACCCAACUACCUCAAAGAAUAUAAAUACACUUUACCUAACUUGCAUUCCUUCACACCUGCACCUGAUCCUCACCUUUCUCUUACAUCCUUCCUAACCAACCAUGAUAGCAUUUGCUUUACCAUUUUGUGUUCUGAUAACCAGCAGUUAGUUGAAACCAUCUCUUAUGAUUGUGAGCCUUCCUCAUAUGAAGAAGCAAUUUUGCAUCCUGCCUGGCACUAUAAUGCAAGAAUUUGA